CAGCCAGCGUCCGUAGUCCUGUGCUAACUAGCAAGUAGGCAAGCUAGCUAGCUACUAGCGCCGCCACACGAAAUGCUAGCACAGUUCGGUAGCUACGUUGCGUUCGGCGUUUCUAUGUUUUUUGCAUCUUCUCUAAGUGAGCGCCAUUUCAUCUCGGAAUUCGACAAGACUGGUUAGCUUUCGACUUGCUCUCCGUCUGACAUGAUCAGGGUUUUAUGUGUGUUUUCUUGAGGUUUAGCGACGCUGCGUGUUAAAGGCCUAGCAGCCGUCAUUUAGCCAGUGUGAGCCACUCUGUAAAGCAGGUGGGAGGGAACAGCUGCUUCUGUCGUAAACGUGCUUCCGACUAGGAAAUUUCCUCGGUCGAGUGGGUUAUCUGGCAUUUCCCCUCUUGAGUUUUCUAAAUGCUAAUUUUUGUCGAUAUUUUAAGUUUGUUAGUUGGACAGGGUUAAAUUAGAUGUCAAAAGUUACCCUUGUCUCCGGUGUUUGUUAUUUAAAGGGAAUCUGACAAGAUGCGUUCAAAUAAAAGCAAAGGGUGAAAAACAAAUAUUUGGCCCUCACUUAUGCUAGUCUGUGUUUGAAUAUAAACAAAUCAUCCAAUCUAACACAAUUUCUGAUACUUGUGUAGGCGAUGCUAUGAACAAUGACCAUAGUUGACAGAUCUUCAGAAAAGUCUGACCACGAGUCAGCCGGAUGUAACCGAUCCUCCUUCACCAGUAGAGACGUGGGGAUGGACGGCAGUUGUUCCAGCAGCUGGGCAGUGGGCCCCACUGUACCCAGUGACUCUCCAAGGCUCAAGGCUCCAGUAGGCUGCCUGGCCCCCACUCCUGGAGCUGCUGUGUACAACAGUACACCCUCCUCUGUGGACCGGCCCAAGGAACAAGUGAUGUGCAGUGGCGAUGGAAUUGACUUGCCCCAGAAGGUGCUGUUCUCACCAGAUCGGCUCAGCCUAAAGUGGGCCCAGGUUCACCGCAUUGGUGCAGGCCUCCAGAACAUGGGGAACACCUGCUUCCUCAACUCAGCCCUGCAGUGUCUCACCUACACCCCUCCUUUAGCAAACUACAUGCUGACGCGGGAGCACUCCAAAACAUGUCAUGAGCCAGGGUUCUGUAUGAUGUGCACCAUGCAAAACCACGUCAUUCAGGUUUUUGCCAACUCUGGGAAUGUCAUUAAGCCCAUUGGUGUACUCAAUGAGCUUAAGAGGAUUGCAAAGCACUUCCGCUAUGGAAGCCAGGAAGAUGCUCAUGAAUUCCUGCGGUACACAGUGGAUGCUAUGCAAAAGUCCUGCUUGCCUGGAACCAAAUUGGACAGGCAAACGCAGGCAACCUCUUUCAUCCAUCAAGUGUUUGGCGGGUACCUAAGAUCCAGAGUUAAAUGUUUAAACUGCAAAGCUGUCUCGGAUACAUUUGACCCUUUUCUGGAUAUCACUCUGGAAAUUAAGACUGCUCCAAAUGUCUCCAAAGCUCUGGAGCAGUUUGUCAAACCAGAACAGCUGGAUGGCGAAAAUGCUUACAAAUGCACCAAGUGCAAAAAAAUGGUAACGGCCUCAAAACGAUUCACAAUCCAUCGCAGCGCCAAUGUGCUCACCCUCUCACUCAAACGCUUUGCAAACUUCAGUGGAGGGAAAAUCACAAAGGAUGUGAAGUAUUUAGAGCAUCUGGAUCUGCGGCCCUUCAUGUCUCAGUCCCAAGGGGAGCCCCAGCUCUAUGGGCUGUAUGCUGUGCUGGUUCACUCUGGAUUCAGUUGUCAUGCUGGACACUACUUCUGCUAUAUUAAGGCCAGCAAUGGGCAGUGGUAUCAGAUGAAUGACUCGUCUGUGUCAGUCAGUGACAUUAGGACCGUCCUCAACCAGCAGGCCUAUGUCCUCUUCUACAUCAAGUCCACAGAUGUGAAAAAAAGUGGGGACUACAGUCACUUGAACCAUAACGCUGGCAUAUCUGGUCAGUCAUCUCCCCGGCCGGUGGUGAUCCCACGCACCAACACCACCGUCCAUCACAACAGUGUUGGCUUCAUAGGUCCCCAGCUGCCACCACACAUGAACAAGAGUUCUCUUCAUGUUAAUGGGAAUGGAUCUCUGAGGGACUAUCCCACAAGCUCCAAGCCCAGCACCAGCGGCAGUGGGGUGGGGAAACCAAACCAUGGACUAGCUUCUUCUGCGUCCUCUUCUUCCAUCUCCCACUCAGUCAGCCGGCCCACAAUGAUUCCAGACAGCGACAAACGACAGAAGCUUUCAUUUUCAAUUGGGCUAAGCAAACCGAACCGCCCAUCUGCUUCUUCCUCCUCUUACUGCCAGCCAUCCUCCGCCAGCAGCUCCUCCUCCUCCUCCUCCAGCUCUUUGUCCUCCUCACAGUCUACCUCAGACGUCCAACCAGACGUUCGUUUUAUUCCGCGUCCACUAAACCAAGUCAGCGGCAUGCCUUUCAGUAAUGGGGAUCACAACCCUGUAGGAAACGGGGCGUCCUUCCUGGUGCCGUACAGCCAAGAGUCUUCAGAGGAAUCAGACCAAGAGAACUGUGGCACUCUGGAUAACGGCAGUUCAUCCAAGUCUCAUCCUAAUGAAAAUAAAGACACAGGAAAUGUCUUUGACAAUUCUCCCAAAACCACCAAUGGGGAGUCAGGAGUGCACCAUAACGGCAAUGGAUUAAAUGGACAAACUUAUGGAGUCUUCAAAUCCAGUCAAAAUGGACACCACAAUGGUCAUCACAAAGUGAAUGGACACAGCGGCCCUGACAAGGUCUCUGGCAGUAAUCAUGGCAGUUUGACGUCUGCGGCUCCUGUUGCUAAUGGAAUAGGCAGUGACCAUAGCCAACCAAACAAAGAUGCCUCAUCCCAGGCCAGUUCUUCUCAGAGCAUUCAUCCUGCUGCUAAUGAAAGCCAGGAUUUCUCCACUCCUGAUACAAGGGCUAAAACUCCAUCUGAACCCCUGCCUCACUGUACAGAAUCCUCCGCCGCUAGUGCUCCACCCUCAGCUACUGCUACAAAUGCCCCUUCUGUUGCAGCUAAAGAAUCUGCUUCCGCUCUUUCUUCUUCUGGGCAAGAUGGCAACCCUGCAGCCUUACCCCCUCAGCUGGGCUGCUCUCAAAGCGCCAGUGGGGCUUCUGCAGCUCCACAGAAAGUUAGCGUAAGCAAGGAUGAAGCCAAGGAUCUACCACAAGCUAAAUGUGCAACAACAGGGACUGAAGGACAUAAGGAUACUAAGGAGCAGUAUCAGUCCAAGCCUAGUUCUAGUGGCAAUGAAAGACUAUCUUCCCGAGACAGGGAAAGACUGUAUUCUAACUCUGGCAGAGAUAGAGAAAGACACUACAGGGAUAGGAGUCACGAACGAGAAAGCGACGGCGAUCGUCACCGGUACAGACGGGACUACAAAGACGGUCACCACCGCCAGUACAGGGAUCGUUUCCCCCCUUCUGGACGUUACUACAGGGAAUGGGAGGCCGAGCGUCACCGGGAGCGAACCUUCCAGCACCCUCGGGAGCGUGAUCGUGACAGGUGCUCUAACCAUUACCACUACUAUCGCUACCGGUCGAGAGAGGACACUGACCAUGAGCGAAGGGGAUAUGGUUACUCCCACCGAGAGGAGUCUCGUGGCAGUCGGAGGUGGCUGCAGGAUAGUAGAGACUCCUGGGCAAUGAAGGAUAAGAGUAAUGGCAAAGAGAGGGACUAUUACUCCUCAAAGGAAGGAAAUUUCUCACCUUCUACAGCACCAGAAACAAACAAGUUCAAGGGCUCCCCGCCACGGGCUCGGCUUUCCUCUCCAGACAAAGAGGAUCAAAAUCGCAAGAGGACUGAUCGUCUCAGCAAAGACAGGGAUGACAGCUCUGAGGCCCGCCACACUAAAAAACACAAAAAGAGUAAGAAAAAGAAGAAAUCAAAGGAUAAAGACAGACACCGUGAGAGUGGGCUGGCCGUAAAGCUUGAGAUCUCGUUUUUUUUAAACAAUGGCAUUGGUUCUCUAUCAUCCCGUAGAAGUUCUGAUGGAGAUUCAGACAAAGCUGCGGAAAUGAGGAAGAAAAAGAAAAAGAGGAGACAUCGGGACAGCGAUGCUGAACGGGACAGCCCAGACGCAGCUCGGAGCCACAGAAACAGAAGCAGUGAGGAAAGGGAGAGCCGCAAGCGACACCACUCUGACAGAGACUUGAAACAUGACAAUGGCUUUCCACCGGAAAAACGUCGCUGCAUAGACUACGCUGACGGCAGCGGUGGCCAUCUACUCCCUUCCAAUCACACCAGACCGGCAAACGGUUCAAGUUACGGCCAUCUCAAUGGACAACCAGGUUACAGCCAAAUCAGCGGCAGUGGAUUUUCCAGUGACCUGAAACACUGACUCUAUCCAUCAACCGAAUUUUAACAACAGCAGAGGAAUGACAUCAACAUUUUUGACGUGGUGCUUCUUCAUUAGGAAUAAUAUUGUAUUUUUACCACAAGUAAAGUGUUUUAAAAGUUAAACUAUUCCCCCCCCUUUUUUCUUUUUUUUCUCUUUUUUUUUUUAAAAAAUGGGGUUGAUUUUAUUUGCCGCAAUUUCUCCUAGCUAACGGUUAAAACGAAACUCACCUGUUGAACAUUUAUGAUGAAGAAUAUUAAUAUAUACUUGUAUGAACACAAAGCCUGGAGCUUAAACAUCUCAACUGCUGCUCAGUGGAACUCAGGACUUGAAAAAAACAAAAACUUGUUAACAUCAAUCACAGAUAUCCACCUGCUUCGAAGAGGAACGAAACAAAAAGGGAAUGACGUGAUGCCCGAGAGGACUGAAAGGCAUCGGAAGUUUAAGAUGUCACCAUAUCUACACAGCUGAAAUGUUUUACUUUAUUUCUUUCUUUGAUCCCACUGGGAGCCAUGAAACUAAUGGAGUUAUUUGUGCAAGAGGAGGGAGGGUGGGGUGGGGUGGUGGGAACAGAGCUUCGCUGACUGAUACCUCCAUGUUAACCCUGGACAGACUUGAGAACAUUUCCCAGCUUUCAUUUGCAUCUUCGUUCCCAUUUGUGAAGCCUAAGAUUCACUCUGUAAUUUUAACUUUCUUCACCAGAUGCAGAGGGUUUUGUUUUUUCUUUUGAAAUUAUUAUCAUGCCUCUCCCUUUUUCUUUUUAAAACAUUCAAACUAAAAGAAGCACCACACUAUUGCUGUCAUGGUGGUGGACCACUUUUUUUUCCUUUUCUUUUUUAAAGAUACGGUUUGUCGUCUAGCGUCAAAAAAAAUACUGUGAAUUUAAUUUUGAACUGUAAUAUCAGUUACUUUUAUAUGUAAAAAACAACCAAAUCCUGUAUCAGGAUUCUCAGAUUUCUGUUUUGUGUUUUUAGAACUAAUUUUGAGCAUAUUCUCUGGACAAAAAUUCAGUGACUAUGCUUUGCUUUGGGUUGUUUUUCAACUCUAGACAAAAGUUGGAAGAAAAACUGCUGUUAUACCUUUAAGUUUAGCAUGUACGAAUUUAUACAUUGUAUAAGGUAAACGCCUUAAAAUACAUUUGUUAAUGUCAGAAAUUGUAAUUUGUUCUUGGUCUUGGACUUUGUUUACAAGCUGCAUUGAAAUGAAUGGAAAAAAAUGCUGAUUGA